AGGGAGAGAGAGAGAGGGGCAGAGGAUAAGGGGAGGAGAGACAUAGAAAUCAUUAUACAUAAUAUCCCGGGAGGUGGAUGCAUCUCACACUCUACUACUCUAAAACUACUGGGACCCGGACCCGGACUCAUGGAUCCCAUCGUGGAAGUGGUGGCCCUGAUCCUGGGCUUCCUGGGCUGGGUUUUGGUGGGGGUGGCGCUGCCCAACCGCUACUGGAAGACCUCCACGGUGGACGGGAACGUCAUCACCACCUCCACCAUCUACGAGAACCUCUGGAUGUCCUGCGCCACCGACUCCACCGGCGUGCACAACUGCCGCGAGUUCCCGUCCCUGCUGGCCCUCAGCGGUUACAUCCAGACUCUAAGGUCCCCAGACCCUCAGACCCCCAGACCUUCAGACCCUCAGAUCUCCAGACCCUCAGAUCCCCAGACCCCUAGACCCUCAGACCCUCAGACCCUCAGACCCUCAGACUCUGGAUUUCUUAGAUACGAAUCUCCCCGUUACAUCCAGACCCUCAGACCCCCAGACCCUCAGACCCUCAGACCCUUAGAUACCCAGAUCCCUAGACCCUCAGACUCUCAGACCCUCAGACCCCUCAGAUCCCCAGACCCUCAGACCGUCAGACCCGGGGGCGGACAUAGUUACGUUCAGGCCUCCCGCGCCCUGAUGAUCGCCUCCAUCGUGCUGGGGACCUUCGGGCUGGUGGCGGCGCUGAUCGGAGUCCAGUGCUCCAAAGCCGGGGGGGAGAACUACAUGCUCAAAGGGAGGAUCGCCGGCACCGCCGGGGUCCUCUUCAUACUCCAAGGCAUUUGCACGAUGGUGUCGGUGUCCUGGUACGCCUUCAACAUCACGCAGGAUUUCUUUGACCCGUUCCAUCCCGGGAUAAGGUACGAGAUCGGAGAGGGGCUCUACAUCGGCUGGUGCUCGGGGGUGCUGGCCAUCGCCGGGGGGUCCUGCCUCACCUGCUCCUGCAAAAUGGCCACCGAGGAAAAAUACCCGCUGCCCUAUCAGCCCAGAGGAACCGUGUAUUCUGGAGCGGCGCCGAGCAGAAGCGCGGCCGCCAGCACCUACGGUCGCAACGCCUACGUCUGACCGAGUGUGGGGGCGUUUCUGGUGUGUCCCCCCUCCUCCCACCUCCUCUCGGCCUGCCUCCCCCCGUCUCAGGGGGGGAGGCCUUUGGCUGAGGUGUGCCGGCUGUUUUCUGGGGGCCUCCGCCAUCGUUCUGUAUAUAAGCCCAACGCGCCGCAAAGAGGACUGAGGCCGGGGGACUCUAUGCUUCCCUCGAUUCCUUCAAGAUAGCUAUGCAAGUCGAUGAUUUUCUGAGAAAUCCAGUCGUAAGAUGACUCCCGUUUUCUGAGGUCGGCGCGGACCCAUUCAGAUUUUGUUGGUGAUGUUUUGUACAGUUUUUUUCAGGUUCCUGUGAGAGACGGCGGAGAACUGAUGAUCGUUUUCUUUCAGUUUUGAUUUUUGUUUUUUACAACUGCACAGAAUAAAAUGUUUCAUGUUUAACA